AUGAUAUAUUUUCAAUUUUUUUUUUGUAUAUUUCUGUUUUUUUUAAAUAAAAUCAUUGUAAAUAAUAUAAAUAUAAAAAAAAAAUGCGCCCAAUUGAACAAAAUUUCAUCUAAUAAAAUAAAUUUUAAGAGCUUGAAUUGUGAUAAAUUAUUUUUUCUUUAUUUUAAAAAUACAAAAAAAUAUAAUGGAAUCCAAAGAAGAAAAAGAGUUUAUUUUGAAAGAAGUGGAAUAAACGUACCUAAAGAUGUAGCUAUGUUUGGCAGAACAAACGUUUAUUACAUAAGAGAAAGUAUUUACAAUAAAAACGAAAACAAUUUAGUUGAAAAUGAAAUAAAUUCGUUAAAUAUAGAGGAACUUAAUGAUAUAGAAAAUUAUUAUACAGGAAAUACAAAUAUAAGUAACACAGAUAUAAAUAAUGCAGGUGAUAAAUUGAAUUCAUUUGGUGUUUCAGAGGAAAAUAGUAAUACUAGUAAUAUUAACAAAAAUACAAAUGAUGAAGAAGAUGAAAAAUCAGGUGAUAAUGUUUUUAAUUAUAUAAAUAAAAAAAGAGAUUAUAUUUCUCAAGUUGGAAAUACUCCUAAAGUUGAUGUUUAUGAAAGAACAUACAAAGCUGAUGAAAAAAAAUUACAAAGAAUUUUUGAAAAUGUAAAUGAAGUUAACUUACAAUUAUUAAAAGAUAUAAAAAGUAUUGAUGAAAAAGAAAAACUUAUAAAUAAAAAAGUAAUUGAAAAAGUAAGAGAAGAUAUAAAAAGGUUUCAAGAAACAAAUGAAAUUAUAGAUGUCAAAGGUAAUAUUAUAAAGCAAAGUAGUGAAACAAAAAAUAAAGAUGAAUCAAAAAAAAACACCUCUAACACAGAUAUGGAUGAUGAGGAAAAAAAUGAAGUAAUUAAAAAAUUAUAUAUGGUUGAUAAAAAAACAGAUAAAUAUUUAGAGGAGGACGUUUAUUUUGUUAUACAGAUGUGGCUACCAGAUAUUAGAAUUGAUGAUACCCUUAUACUUAUAGAUAAUAUAGAAAAAUUUUAUAAUGAUUUUGACAUUUCAAAAUAUUAUGAAAAAUUUAAAGAAAUAAAAAACAGAAAUUUUUCUUAUGAUUUAUCCUCAUAUGAAAUUGAAAAUGUUCCUAAAAACAUUAAUGACGAUACCGAAAUAGAGUGUGAACAUGUUAAUUCGUAUAAUAAUACAUAUAACAAACUGAACAAUUAUAAUUUAAAAAAGUAUACAUAUACCUACACCACUAAUGAAAAUAUGGAUACUAAAUUUAAUAAAAAUGAGCCUAUGCCCCCUAUUGUUCUAAUUAAUACAAAAAAAAAUUUAAUGGUUCAAGAAUGGGAAUGUAAAAAUUUUAAAAAUAGGCAAAAAAGAGAUAAAUCUUAUGAAUAUACAAGAAUUCAAAGGGCCUUCAGGCCAUUUUCUUAUGUGGAUCUAAGUGACAUAAAUUGUAUAUAUAAAAACAAUUUUCUCCAAGUAAAAAUGAAGUUAUCUCAUAGAAAAUACAAAAAUGACAUUUACCCAUUUUUUGUUCCUAUUAAAAGAAAUUCUGAUGAAUUACUAGAUUUUAAUGGAUAUAAGAAGAAUGGAGAUAAUGCUUGGUCCUUUUUUUGGCAUAAUUUUAAUUAUGACAAAGACACAGAUUAUAGCUUUUUAAAUAAAAACAUAAAAUUAAAUAUAACAGAAACAAAAUUUCAAGAAGUUAGUAAAAAGAAAUCAAAGAAAAUUAUGAGAAAGAUUUUAAAAGAAAGAAAAGGGAAAUGA